AAAAAAAGGGAUGUGUCUCUAAUAGAGCUGGAGUGGACUGGAAUUGGUUAGUUUUCCUCCCCCAAAAAAAAGAGAGAGUUGGGGCUUGGCGUGCGCGCCUAAACCAGGAAGCCAUGGCAACUGCUCUCCCACCGCUAUCUCCUUCCCGGAUGGUGAGGGCUUCUUCAGUCGACACGAAGCAUAGACUCUCUUACAAUCCUCACCGCACAUAUCCGCCAACCUCCGGCGCAAGUUCUACGGCACCGUCAGCCAUCGUCUCCCCCGCGAACAACCGCCCUGCGAUAUCAAUUUCAGACAUCCUCAGACGCGAUGCUCCGGAACCGAGUCACGGCAAAUUACCUGAAACAUAUUUGGGUUAUGAGACGUGGUUGCCGAGUCCGCCCAAAGUGGAGAAGCCUCGCUCAGUCUUCAAUGCAGCAGCACUAGCUUAUAUGGGAGAUUGCAUUUUCGAGUUAUAUGCUCGAAGGCACUUUUUGUUCCCACCAUUGAACAUUGAAGAACACAAUGAUCGUGUGAUGGCAGUAGUUCGCUGUGAGGCUCAAGAUGCAAUGUUGCAGAAACUCAUGAAGGACAAAUCCUUAUCAGAAGAAGAAAGGGCAGUGCUUCGUUGGGGAAAGAAUAUUGGUUCUGGGAAAACAAGGACAAAGAAACGUGCUGGUGUAGCUGUUUACAAGCAAGCAUCCUCACUUGAAACACUUAUUGGUUACUUGUAUUUGACAAAUGUGACACGGCUUGAAGAGAUCAUGGUUAAGUUAGGCUUCUGUAAUGGAGCUUCUUCUCUAAUUUUAGUGGGAAACACAGGUGGAGAGGUCAUACCUGCAAAAGUUGAUGUCUAAGAUUUUAUAUUUGUGUAUGUACUACUUGUACAAAAAUCUUUCUUAUUGGUUACUACCAAUAGAAAAGACGUGUAAACCUCAUCUUAUGUUUUUCGCGGUUUACUUUUUGUCCUCUAAGCUAUUUUUGAAAGCCAACCCAUCAUAUCUGUCCAAAUUGGGUCGAUUUGGGGCUUUCCCAUUCUCAAAUUUAAUGGCAUCAUAGCAUCAUCCAUUA